AGGAGUUAAAGUAAGAUGGCUGCGGGAGAGGGAAAAGUGUUUGAGAAAUCAUCAGAUGGGAUGUUUAUCUGUCGCUAACAGGAUGCACAGCAGCCCCAGUGGAGGAGUGGUUAAUGUGUUAGCUCCCCCGGCUCACUGCCGUCCGGCUCUCCAGUUGUCUCCGGGUUCCUUUCGCGCUGUUUGCCCGUUUUCUGCUCUGACAUUGUGGAAUUCAUCAGCGGCUAGUCGUUAGCAGCAACCCAGCGCUAACUCACUAGCCUCCAGCUAGCAGGUAGCUAUCCGAGGAAACCAGCUACGACUGUUAGAGACCCCUGGAGAUAUCUAAAAGCAGAGCCCCGUCCUGACCGGCUAUGGAGUGGAGUUGGCUUCAGACUGGAUGACAGGGUCUACAGGGAGGACAGGGUCACUCAGCUUCUAAAGCAGCAGCGGGCUUUUCCUCGACGUGCACUGACCGGCACUGACAGCCCUCUCAGCAGACCUCCUUCUCCAGUCGGAUACACUUUCCCUUCCCUUUCUGCCCCUCUUCUCUCCUCCUUUUCCCUACAUCUUUUUCUCCUUUUAAUCCCUCUUAAUUUCUUUUCGCUUCUCUACUUUGAGCUUUUUCCUGUCCUGCUCUGGUCUUUGAGUUCUUGUCCCUCACCUGUCUGGUCCAGUAUGAGCUGGCUGAGCAGGUUGAACCCUCGGGGUCCUGGGAGUCGAUCCGGGCGGAGCGCUGUCCCCUCCAGCCCCUGCACCGCCGACCCGGAGACCUGCCUCAUGGUGUUUGAGAACCACUGGAGACAGGUCUCUUGGGUGUUGGAGCAGCACGAAAUGUCGUCCUCCAGCGAUGACCUGACGGCGGUGAGGAAUCACACCGACCAGAUGUUGUGUCUGCUGGCGGAGGAGCGACCUGCUGAGAGCUCAGACGGCGGCGCCAGCGUGCCGCCGAUGGGCCCCAUCCUGGAGCUGGUGGUCACCGAGAACAUCCUGGAAAGCCUCGUUCAGUGGCACCUCCGCCGAGGCCUGGACCCCGACAGCCAGGGGGCGCUGCUCAAGCUAUUUGAGAUGCUCAUAGGUCAGUCCCAGCAGCCUCUGCUGCAGCACACGGCCGUCCUCCACCCGCUGCUCAGGCUGCUGGGAGCUUGUGCCGACCCAGAACUCGGCUGUCCUUCGGCUCUGGAGAACAGUCUGGUGCUGCUGCUCAACCAGGUCUGCGUGUCCAUGGCCCGGCAGCCGGUGGUCCUAGAGAUGUUGUUCCGGGCUGCACCGGCCCAGCAGGGCUCCACCAACCUGCUGAUCUUCUCCCUCCUGGUGCCGUUCAUCCACCGGGACGGAGCCAUCGGACAGCAGGCCCGAGACGCUCUGCUGCUGGUGAUGGCGGCCUCAGCCAGCCAUGAGGCCGUGGCACGAUACAUCGCUGAGAACUCGUACUUCUGUCCGGUGCUGGCGACGGGCCUCAGCGCUCUCUACUCCUCUCUGCCCAGGAAGAUUGAAGUCCGAGGGGAUGACUGGCAUGCCCUACGGCGGGAGGACUGGAUGGGCGUGUCGUCGCUCGUGCUCUUCAUGAACUCGCUGGAGUUCUGCAACGCCGUGGUGCAGGUCGCCCACCCCCUGGUCCGCUCUCAGCUCCUGGACUACCUCCACAACGGCUUCCUUGUACCGGUCAUGGGUCCUGCCCUGCAUAAGUCGUCGGUGGACGAGAUGAUUGCCAGCACCGCCUACCUGGAUCUUUUCCUGCGCAGUGUGACGGAGACUUCCCUCCUCAAAACCUUCCUGCGCUUCAUCCUGCUGCAUCGCCACGACAACGACACCAUCCUGGACACGCUGCUCACGCGCAUCAGCAGCAACUCCAGGCUCUGCAUGGUGUCGUUGAGCCUCUUCAGGACUCUUCUGUCCCUGAACUGUGAGGACGUCAUGCUGCAGCUCAUUCUCAGGUAUCUGCUGCCCUGUACUCAUGUCAUGCUGAGCCAGCGUCGAGCUAUCAGGGAGACCGACCUGUAUGGAAAGUCUGCAGACAAGUUCCUGUCGCUGAUCCCAGAGUGCUGCCGGCUGAACGCCUCUUCUGCUGAGCGGGACGAGGACGGAGCAUUCUGGGGCAAAGUGCUGAACAGUCCCAGCAUGGAGUCUCCAGCCCCACCCAGACCCAGCACCCCGUCCCGCUUGUCCUUCUUCAUGCGCCAGCAGAGCAGUGGAGGUGGAUCAGGAGGUCCUUCAACCCCCACCAGCAUGGAGCAGUCUGGUUCUUCCAGCUCCCACCCUCUGUCCCCCGACAGCCCCAUGCACCAGCAGACCCACACAGAAUGUCUGGACUGGGACUCGGGCUACCUGGAGUACCUCAAGGACGCUCGGCGGGGCAUUGAGCUUUGCUCCUGGGCCUGCCGUGAUUGGUCGGCGCCCUACGAUGGAGAAAACCCCUCCCCAAACACAGCCCCUCCACCUCCACUUCCUCCUACCGCCAACCCCUGCAUGUCUGUGUUCCCCGAGCACUUCUCCUUCCAGCAGGGAACCAACACCAACACUCCUCCCGGCCAGCAGAGGGCGGCCAUCGUGGCGGCAGCGCGGUCCGAGUGGAGCAGCUCAGAGCGGGACAGCGGAGAGUGGGACGUCACGAUCGGCAAAAACAACUGCAUCAGCCUCACGCCUCGAUCCAAGAAACGCAGCCUGCAGAGAGAGGAGCUCGUCCCCAAACCUGUCCCUCCUCUGGUCCCUUCCUCGUCCUCAUCCUCCCCGUUAUCAGCCUCCCACCCCGUCUCAUCCCCAGCUCCUCACAUUCCCACCGCUGCCAUCACCGUUAGCUACCAGGCCAUGUACAACGGGACGACGGGGCAGGGCGACGGCUGCUCAGACAGACGCGAUAGAGGACUGGAGGUGAAGAAAGUGAAGAGAGACUUGGGGGAGCAGCAGUAUCUGGAUGAAAACGCCAAUCAAAACGGAUCACUGGUCAGCUGCCCCUCUCAGACCUGCUCUGCUCUCCCUCAGUCCAUCUUCACCAACAGCGACAUCAGUGACGCUAAAUCUCUUCGCCCUAACCAGAUUCCCUGUCAGAGCUCCGUCACCUCGCCAGCAUCCGACGCCAAACCGCUGACCAGCGACACCUCAAACCCACACGGUGCAUCCUCAGAUCUUCCAGAAGCCAACCAACAAUCUGUAGAGAGCCUCAUAGAGGAGCUGCUGACCCAAGCACCAGGAGACCCGCAGCCUCCAGGAGACGCCAACGGUCAGGGCAUCAGCAUCGAGGCCUUCACCCAGGAGCUGAAGGAGCUGGAGGAGCGAGUGAAGGAGCGCAGCAGAGCGGCCGUCCAGCUGGAGGAUACCACCAGGGAGGCUCUGUCUGCUGAGAGGCAGGAGGAAGAACUGUCCUCGGCUCUGGAGGCGAAGCUGACGGGGGAUGUGAAGGGAGACGGGUCGGUGGUGGGUCUCUGCAGUCCUGCCAGACCUCUCAACCAGCCGGUCUCCCAGCCGUACACCGGUCCAUUCAUGGUGGUUCUGUUUGCCAAGCUGGAGAACAUGCUCCAGAACUCGCUGUACGUCAACAUCCUGCUCACUGGCAUCGUGGCCCAGCUGGCCUGCUAUCCUCAGCCCCUCCUACGCUCCUUCCUGCUCAACACCAACAUGGUCUUCCAGCCCAGCGUCAAGUCACUGAUCCAGGUUUUAGGUUCUGUGAAGAACCGCAUCGAAGCCUUUGCAGCCUCUCAUGAGGACUUCCCUGCCAUGCUGAAGAAAGCCCAGCAGUACCUGGUGGCCCGAGGCAAAGUGGACUGGACCGACUCUCCUGCAGCUGUUCCCACCCUGCGGCGCUCUGAUUCCCUCGUGAAGAGUCGGAAGCCCUCUCUAGGAGACCUGAUCCUUCGCCACACCAACAGCCCGACUCGAGCUCGACACGCCGCUCAGCUGGCCCUCGCACACGUACGGGACGGCGGCCAAUCACUGCACAGCGCUCUGUUCCGGGGCGGCGGCGGCGGAGGAGCGUCCGGCCUGGAGAAACAAGCCGAGGCUCUGCGGGUGAAGAACGCCGUCUACUGCGCCGUCAUCUUCUGCGAGUUCCUCAAGGAGCUGGCUGCUCUGGCUCAGGAGCACGCCGUCAGCCUGCCCUUCCCUCACAGCCAGGAGGCCGAGGAGUAGACGAAAAACAGACUCCUAGUUUAGCUCUUAGCCUCCGUUUGUUUCUGUUAGGGCUGUGAAGGAUUCUCCAUCACCAGACGACAGACUGGAGCACCCAGACUUCUCUGUCACUGUAAGGAUGCAGACAGAAGACAGGAAACCAGUGGCAUUUUUCUACCAAAUGAUCCUAGGAUACCUAUAGGACUGGAAGAGUUUUCCUCAUCUGUAAACUUGUGAUAUUGUGCAUAUCAUGUAUUAUAGUUACAUUCUAUAGCUUGUACAUACACACACCACGUCACGGUUUAAUGUGACACAGUGGAACCACAGACUAAAGACGUAGGUGCACAUACCGGUGCUAGUCGUUUUCUUUUACUUUGAAAGGGUGCUUUCAGGUGGCACAAAGAAGGUUUUAUCUUCAACAAAAUUCAAACAAACACCAAAAACUUGUUUUGGCAAGAGAACACUGUUCAAUCACUUCAGCAUCUCUGGACAAGAAUCAUCUCUGCUUCAUCCUCAGUCAAGGACGGUUCACAGAAAAGACACAAGUUUAUUUUGAAAGGCUGCACUGCUAGUCAUCAGAUGGAAACUGGAAACCAGAGGUGUGUGAAUCAGCACGACUACCACAGAAGUACUGGAAAACUCGGAGUAAUUAAUGCCAUUUAAAAAAGAUGUUUUAAACGUUUGACAUUUGCACCAUUUUCUAGACAUAUCAGGAGGCAGGUGUGUGUGUGUGUGUGUGUGUGUGUGUGUGUGUGUGUGUGUGUGUGUGUGUCACUGUGUGUGUGUGUGUGUGUGUGUUGUAAUGAAUGACUCCAGCUCUUCAGGCCAUUAGUAAGCCAUUCACCUGCUGCCAUCAGAGACACUGUGGGACUGAAAAAGGCAGCGCUGCUUUGGAAGUCAGACCUUUUGUUAAGUCUUUUUGAAAACACCUCAGAUUCUGCCAGAGUUUUUUCUUUCUAAGAAGCAUUGGUAUGAUUUCCAUUUACUUAGACUAAGGAUGGUCUCAUGAGGCGUUCACCGACUUUUCUUUAAACACAUUUUAGUGUGUGAGCUUAAAAACAAAGCACCAGUUUUUUCGUUUCAGUAACUUUUAGGUGAAGCAGGUGGAACUGAACAAACAGCCGUUCGUCUUAGAAAUUAACAUGCUGCUAUCCUUAAAAACACUAACAGUCAUUUCAUUAACAGCUGCAGUUCAGUCCCUCGCUCCAUCGUUCGGUACCCAGUAGAAAUGUGAGGAAGUGGACGAGUCGGUGCAGGAUCAGCGUUUCAUUUAUGGAGUUUUGUCUGAAUGAAGUCGCAGCCCCUCAGUGUUAAAGUGUUUGCCAAGACUAAAAGGAUUCAAUGUUUUUCCUUUCCUGGAAUUGUUCAGCGUUUGUUUUUGAAAAUGGUGAUUCUUCAUUUUUACAGGUGUGAAAUUUUCUGUUAUUUUUCAGAAUAUGAUAAGAACAUCAUUACAAACCUGUACAAAUCAUCUACUUUUGACUUUAGUUUUUGCACAUACUAGCCAUUCUCUCUCAACUCUCAGCAGUAGAGAAACUGCCUGCCAUCCUGCGACGUCUUAUCUCUGACAUUUAACACGUUUUCCUCGACAACAUUCUCGUCUCAACAAGUUGAGGCCUUUUCAGCUUGUCUAAGCCAUAGCCAUGCUCGUCAUGUUUGUAAAUGUGGCCGUACGUCACUUUUCUACCGAAUUUCUAGACACAUUUCGUAACGACCCGUAGUUUUUUAAAUAAAUACCGAUAGUGUGAAGAUUCUGCAUGCGAGAUAAGGCCAGGUUUAUAACUAAUUAACUAGUCUAAUAGUGUUUGGUUCGUCAGUAGUUCUGAGCUUAACUUAGCUUCCAUGCAGUAGGUUUUAGUGAGUCAAUCCUAGAGAUCAGUGGCGGCGGCAAGAACAAGUUUCACUCUGAAUGUUAGCGCUUGGCGAAUUAAAUUAGUAGAGAAAUCAUGUCUGUCUUUUACCCACUGCCAUCCGUCCGUCCGUCUGUUCACCAGGUCUGCUGUACAUCCACUGCUUUUCAAACUAAACUAUGUCUGCAAACAGUCGUGCUAAAGAUCGAUCAGAGUGGGAUGGAUUUUCAGCCUCACAGUCACUUAUUAUCAGUCAGUUAUUAGUUUCCUGAGAUAUGUUCAUGGACACCAAAGACAAUCUCUAACAAUAUCUGUUGAAACAAUCGUUGAUAAUUUAAUCUGUAAUAAAUCUUGUCCAUGCAGCACUUAUUCAGAUCAAAGUGUCGCCAAAUGACCCCAUUAAAAAGGUGCCAGUUUAGUUUUUUUUAAAACACAAAAAUCAAAAAGGGAGCUGCUCUUAAGAACUUCAUUUGUUGGCACUGAUUUUUGUUUUCCUGAUUUGGGAUUUUAUCCUAUGUACAACUGUUUUUUUUUGUUUUUUUUUUUAAUUGUAGCUUGUAUUUCAUUUGUACUUGUACAAAGACGCUGAAAGUUUGUAACGUGGCGUUUUUCUAAAAGGGAUUGUUUCCUAGCAGGGACUUUAACGUCUUCCUGAACUUCUCAGACUGUAACAGACAGAAACUCACAGUGAAAUGAAGCAGAGGGUUUGGUAAAUAGAAUCGAUGCUUCGGGUGGAUUACUUAGCUUUAUGGAAGUUGGUACUCCGUGAAAACGAACGGCAGCAAAUGAAGCGAGCACUCCAACUGUUCAGACGUCAGCAGAGAGGAAGGACGGAGCUCAGUCUGUUGAAAACACACAAAUACAAGCGCUGAUUUAAACAAAAAAAAGGGUUUCGGCUUUCUACAGUGGAGCAGCUACCAUGCCUGGAUGUUAAAGCCAAAGCAGAAACAUAAAAUCUGGCUGUAUUGAAGUCUUUACAUAUUUAAUCUGUUUACUGAGAGUUAAAGCUUCCAGAAAUGGAUCAGUUUUCAUGUUUGCUCGCUAAACAGACGUCUCACCUCAGCUCUGCUCCAGACUCCAAACCUACCUGCUCCAUCACAUGUUUGUUUUCUGACUCUGAUAACUGACAAAAACCCAAAGCUAAGCUUGAAAAAAAUGUGUUUUUAGCCGUUUCUGCUGUUUUUACUCCUUCACUUGAACACUACAGUGAUUUUAAAACAGUCUUUCACAUCUGUUUAUUUUCCUGAGCAUCUGGAGCUGCUUCACAGCAUCAUGCAAAGAGCGACCCAAAGUGUUUCGCUGAACAUUCAUUUCCACUAACAGCAGCUACGGCUUCCCUUCAGCUGUUUUUUGUGUAAAUGUCUGAUUAUUCCAACAGAACCAUCACCUCAAGGACUCUGUUGUCACUUCUAAUUGAUUUCCUGACUGAUCGUGUCGGCGCUGUGCCGUGUUUGAUUUGUGCUGAUGUGUAAAUGCUUAUCACAGGAUGUACAACAUGUUCAGCACGUUUUCUUUCACUUCUCCCCCUGUGAUCUAUGCAAACCACGCUCUAUUGUCCCUGGUUUGAAGCUGAAAUGAAAGAUGAUUGAUUGAUUUUAAUGUGUAAAUACUGUAAAAACAAAAAAAGGAAGACAAAAAAAUAAGAGAGCAAUGGGAGGAAACGCAGAUGUGAGUGAAAUAACCAACAGGACAGAAUGAGAAUCAUAAAUAAUGUAAUGAUGAAUGUUGUCAGAAAUAUUUUUCUAUAUUUUGAAAUCAUUGGAAAAAAGAGGACAAAAAUACAAAGUGGGAAAAGCUGUCAGAAGAACACUACAAAGGGAAUGUUUUUAUUAAUUUAUAAAUUCUUUGCCUAGCAAUA